UGACAAUUGACAUUGACAAAUAAACAUAACCUCAAUAAUGUGUAACCGCAUAUUUAAAUAAUAAUAUGAAAAUGGUUUUUCAGUAUGUCCUACCCUAGUGUAAUUUCGAAAUUGCAAUGGACGACACGUUAUUUGAAUUUUUACAUUCCGAAGUAGUAAAUUAUGUGGUCGACAGUAACAUUUCCAAUAAGGAUAAAGAAGAAGAUUUAUCCAACUUAGAAUACAUCGGAUUCUCAGUUGGCUACAAAAUCAUCGAAAGAUUAACAAGAGAGAUGCCUCGUUUCAAGGAUGAAUUGGACACAAUGAAGUUUAUAUGUACCGAUUUUUGGUCUGCCAUUUAUAAAAGGCAAAUUGACAAUCUACGCACAAAUCAUCAUGGCGUGUACGUGUUGCAGGAUAAUGAAUUUAAGUUUUUAACCAGAAUGUCUAAGGGGAAACAGUAUCUAGAAUUAGCACCUCGAUAUGUGGCAUUUACGUGCGGUGUUAUCAGGGGCACCUUAGCUAAUUUGGGCAUUAACUGUUUAGUUACUGCCGAAGUGCAAACUAUGCCAGGCUGUAAAUUUCACAUACAGGUGCACCGAACAUGAAUAUUGAUUUUAUUUUAAGUUGGUUGUAAGCAUCAUUGUGUAACGAGCUAAUAUAUAAUAUCUAAUAAGUAUUAAAUACUAUGGUAAAAUAA